AUGGACUCGCAGGAUCUCACCCACCGCUGCAUCAACACCAUCCGUGCGCUCAGCGCCGACCAGCCCCAGGCGGCCAACAGCGGGCACCCUGGUGCGCCCAUGGGCAUGGCCCCCAUGGCUCACCUCCUCUGGACCGAGUUCCUCAAGUUCAACCCGUCCAACCCCCGCUGGGUGAACCGCGACAGGUUCGUGCUCUCCAACGGUCACGCCUGCGCCCUCCUCUACAGCAUGCUCCACCUCACCGGCUACGAUGUCGCCAUCGACGACCUCAAGAAAUUCCGUAAGGUGGGCAGCAAGACGCCCGGCCACCCCGAGUCCUUCGAGACCCCCGGCGUGGAGGUCACCACCGGACCUCUCGGUCAGGGUCUCUCCAACGCCGUGGGCAUGGCCAUCGCCGAGAGGCACCUGGCCGCGCGCUACAACAAGGAGGGGUUCCCCAUCAUCAACAACCACGUCUACGUGUUCUGCGGUGACGGUUGCCUCCAGGAGGGUGUCACCUCCGAGGCCUCGUCCGUCGCCGGCCACCUCGGCCUGGGCAACCUCAUCGUCCUCUACGAUGACAACCUCAUCACCAUCGACGGUGAGACCGACCUCUCCUUCACCGAGGACGUCAAGCUCCGGUACCAGUCGUACGGCUGGCACGUGCAGGAAGUGGCCGACGGCAACAACGAUCUCGAGGCCAUCAAGCGCGCGAUCGAGGAGGCCAAGAAGGUCACCGACAAGCCUUCGAUCAUCAAGGUCAGGACCACCAUCGGGUUCGGCUCGAAGAAGGAGGGCACCGAGGGCGUGCACGGCAGCCCGCUCGGCGAGGAGGAUCUGGCCAACGUCAAGACCAAGCUCGGCCUCGACCCCGCCCAGAAGUUCCAGGUCCCCGAGGAGGUGCGCAAGUUCUACAGCCAGUUCGCGGCCAAGGGCGAGGAGCUCCAGAAGCAGUGGGAGGAGCUCUUCGAGGCCUACGCCCAGAAGCACCCCGAGCUCGCCGCCGAGUUCAGGCGCCGCAUGUCCGGUGACCUGCCCGACGGCUGGGAGGACGUUCUUCCCCUGAACAAGCCCGGCGGCGCCGAGGAGGCCACCAGGAAGUCCUCCGGCGUGUGCCUGAACAAGCUGGCGGAGCUGCUGCCGGAGAUCGUGGGCGGUUCGGCCGAUCUGAACCCGUCGACCCUGACCUACCUCACCUGCUCCAAGGACUUCCAGAAGGCCACCCCCGAGGGCAGGAACAUCCGCUUCGGCGUCAGGGAGCACGGCAUGUCCGCCAUCUGCAACGGUCUGGCUGCCUACGGUGGAUUCAUCCCCUUCGGCGCCACCUUCCUCAACUUCAUCGGCUACGCCCUCGGCGCUGUCACCCUCUCUGCCCUCUCCCACCUCCAGGUGUUCUACAUCAUGACCCACGACAGCAUCGGUCUGGGCGAGGAUGGCCCCACCCACCAGCCCGUCGAGAAGUUCGUCGUCUGCCGCACGACCCCCAACCUCCAGUUCAUCCGUCCCGCUGAUGUCACCGAGACCGCCGCCGCCUACAUCGCCGCCAUCAAGAAGAAGCAGGGUCCCACCGUCUUCGCUCUCUCUCGUCAGAACCUGCCGCCCCUGAAGGGCAGCUCUGUGGAGGGUGCUCUGAAGGGUGCCUACACCAUCCAGGAGGCCGAGGGCGAGAAGCCCGACAUCAUCUUCGUGGCCACGGGUUCUGAGGUCUCCAUCGCCGUGCAGGCCGCCGACUCCAUCAAGGACAAGAAGGUCCGCGUUGUGUCGAUGCCCUCGUGGGAGCUCUUCGAGGCUCAGAGCCACGAGUACAAGCAGUCCGUCUUCCUUCCGGGCGUGCCCGUCAUCUCGAUCGAGCGUGCACGCAAGGACAGCCAGCGGGCGGACAAAGUGUCCCUCUCGCUUGCUGUGCCCGUCGCCAAACCCGGAGACGGGGCCGCCGGCAGCACUCUGGGCUGGGAUCGUUACGCCCACGCCUCCAUCGGCGUCGACAGGUUCGGCCUCUCCGGUCCCUACAAGGAUGUCUACAAGGCCCUUGGCGUCACGGCCGAGCACCUGGUGGAGAAGGCCCACAUCGUGCUGGAGCACUACGCCAGCAACCCCGUCCCCGUCCUCCUCCGCCCCGCUGCCUUCACCAAGUUCUAA